UGAGUGGGGUGGACUUGGGGGAAAAGACGGGGAGAGCAGGGGACCGAGUCCUGGAACCCGGAGUGGCUCCCGCUCCCCGGAACCACGCCCCCGUUUCCCCGCCCCUCAGAUUUCGCUUUAGACCUCUCCCAGUCCUCCGGGACUCGGUCUGGUUUAUACUGGGUCGCGCUAGGGGCAGAGAGACGGGGCGGGGUGGAGAGGAUGUUUAACUCUUUAGGCUCUAAUUCCUCCCACCUUGCCCCUCUCACCCUUUCUCAUUCCGACAUCCAAGACUUCCAUCCCCAAGGCCCUCUCCCCCCACUUGUCUUCUGUCCCGUAACCCCUGUGGGUUCCCCACCGCCUUUCGGUUCCCUACAGCAGCGAGCAGCUGAGGGUUAAGGGGGCGGGGCCGCUGCAUUUUUGGGGAGUGAGCGCAUCCUAGCGGCUGCCAAGAGGGGCGCCCGGCAGGAACCUCACGAAGCCCCCGAGUAGGGGCAACAGGUGUUUUGGAGAUUAGGGGAUCCUGGUCUUGCUUCUCGGACUCACCCUAAAGCAGAAGACCCGCGAGCGUGCGGGUGGAAUGGGACAGGUGAAAUAAAAGGAAAAAACUAAGAAAUCAGCGCGGCUGGAGGGGGAGUCUGUGUGGAUGGGAUGGGGACACCAGGGGAAGGGCUGGGCCGCUGCUCCCAUGCCCUGAUCCGGGGGGUCCCGGAGAGCCUGGCGUCGGGGGAGGGUGCGGGGGCUGGCAUCCCGGCUCUGGACCUGGCCAAAGCUCAGAGGGAGCAUGGGGUGCUGGGGGGUAAACUGAGGCAGCGGUUGGGGCUGCAGCUGCUAGAAUUGCCUCCUGAAGAGUCGCUGCCGCUGGGACCGCUGCUCGGUGACACCGCCGUGAUCCAAGGGGACACGGCCCUAAUCACGCGACCUUGGAGCCCUGCCCGCAGGCCAGAGGUGGAUGGAGUCCGCAAAGCCCUCCAGGACCUGGGGCUCCGAAUAGUGGAGAUGGGGGAUGAGAACGCGACGCUGGAUGGUACCGAUGUUCUUUUUACCGGCCGGGAGUUUUUCGUAGGCCUCUCCAAGUGGACUAAUCACCGAGGAGCAGAGAUCGUGGCAGACACGUUCCGGGACUUCGCUGUCUCCACAGUGCCGGUAUCGAGCUCCUCCCACCUGCGCGGCUUCUGUGGCAUGGGGGGACCCCGCACUGUGGUGGCCGGUAGCAGCGAAGCUGCCCAAAAGGCUGUCAGGGCAAUGGCGGUGUUGACAGACCACCCCUAUGCCUCCCUGACCCUCCCAGACGAUGCAGCUGCUGACUGUCUCUUUCUGCGUCCUGGGUUGCCUGGUGUGCCCCCUUUCCUCCUGCACCGCGGAGGUGGGGACCUGCCCAACAGCCAGGAGGCACUACAGAAGCUCUCCGAUGUCACCCUGGUACCUGUGUCCUGCUCAGAACUGGAGAAGGCAGGCGCAGGGCUCAGCUCCCUCUGCCUGGUCCUCAGCACACGGCCCCACAGCUGAGGGCCUGGUUUUGUGGUCCUGGCUGGCCAGGGGUAGGGCAGCAUAGGGGGUAGAAGAGGAAGGAAGGUGAGACAGGAUUGGUGAAUAGUUAGUAGUGGGGAGAGGGACUCAAGAUAGGGGGAGGGCAUAGUGUGGGAAAAAGGAUAGAGGCCACAGAGUGAGUCCUCUCCCCCAGAACUAAUAAAACAGAACUGACCUUUUA